CCAGCCACACCCAGCAGCACAGGAAGCAAGUCCAACACACCCACCUCCUCCGUCCCCUCCGCCAGCGUCACCCCCAUCAAUGAGGGAUUUCUCCCACACUGCGAUUUCGAUGUAACGCGGACUGGGAACUGCAGGAAAGGUGCCAAGAGGCUCAGCCGGAAUAUGGAGGUACAAGUUUCUCAGGAAACCAGGAAUGUCAGCAUCGGUAUGGGAAGCAGUGAUGAGUGGUCCGAGUUUCAGGAGAUCAUUGAUUCUACCCCUGAGCUGGACAUGUGUGUGGACCCCCGUGUCUAUGGCGGAGGAAACAGCCCCUCCCAGGGCAUCGUGAACGAGGCCUUCGGCAUCAACACCGACUCCCUCUACCAUGAGAUUAAAGACGCCAAGUCAGACAUCAUUGGAGAUGUAGAUGCAGGCGCCGAGCUGCUAGGGGAGUUCUCAGUCCGUGAUGAUUUCUUCGGGAUGGGCAAGGAGGUCGAGAACCUGCUGACGGAGAACAAGCAGCUCCUAGAGACCAAAAAUGCUCUCAACAUUGUGAAAAAUGACCUUAUUGCCAAAGUGGAUGAGCUGUCAGGGGAGCAGGAAGUGCUUAGGGAGGAGCUGGAGGCGGUGAGACAGUCCAAGAACAAGGUAGACGCCAGAAUCAAGGAACAGGAAGAAGAACUUAAGAGGUUGAGAGCAGAGGCUCUUGGUGCUUCUCGAGACUCCAAGGAUGAAGGAGGUGACGAUUUUUCAUCACCCAUGCAGGACGGUGACAUGACAAUGACACAGCGGAGGCGCUUCACUCGGGUGGAGAUGGCCCGCGUGCUGAUGGAGAGGAACCAGUACAAAGAGAGACUGAUGGAGCUGCAGGAGGCUGUGCGGUGGACAGAAAUGAUCAGGGCGUCACGAGAGAGCCCCCCCAUCCAGGAGAAAAAGAAAUCCACCAUCUGGCAGUUCUUUGCACGUCUCUUCAGCUCAUCGUCCAGCCCUCCGCCUGUCAAGCGGCCAUACUGCAGUGUCAAUAUCCACUAUAAGUCUCCUUCACCGGCUGGUUUCUCUCAGAGACGCAGCCACACCAUGUGUCAGAUCUCCACCUCCAACCGUACCCUGGAGUUCUUCCCUGAAGAACUGGCCAGUAAUGGUGUUGCGUCUCUCCUCAGUGACUCGGCACUGUUGGCCCGCCGAGAGCAACGGCGUGAACAGUACCGGCAGGUCCGUGAGCACGUGCGCCGCGAUGACGGCAUCAUGCAGGCCUGUGGCUGGAGCGUGCCAUCUCGCUUCAAACAGACUGGUGGUCAGACGGACAGCGCUCAGAACAGCCAGCUGAAGAGACGACAGACCACCAAUGAAAAAGAGGAUAACCGCAUGAAGAAUGUUCCCGUCCCGGUGUACUGUCGUCCUCUGGUAGAGAAGGACCCCAACAGGAAGUUGUGGUGUGCAGCAGGAGUGGACCUGACAGGAUGGAGGGCCAGCAGCCAGGAGUCGAUACCAGCCAAAGCACUGUCAGGCAACAGCGACCCCCUGCACACUGAGGGGGACGGAGCUAACAAGAAGAGCAGCCCCAACUCCCCAGAGAAGAGGAAGUCGAAGGAGCUCCAGGAAACGGACACCAUGAGCAGUCGAGUGUGGAUCCUCACUAGCACCCACUCUGCCAGCAAGGUGGUCAUCAUCGACGCGAACCAGCCAGGCUCCCUGGUCGACCAGUUCAACGUCUGCAAUGCCCACGUCCUGUGCAUCUCCAGUGUGCCAGCUGCCAGUGAGAGCGACUAUCCAGCAGGAGAGAUUGUGUUGGAUCCAGGUGAUGGUAGUGUAGGGGGAGGCGAGGACACCGGUGGUGUGGAGGGCAUGUUGGCUGGUAUUACUCUGGUCGGCUGUGCCACCAACUGCAGCGUUGCCCGCAGCAACUGCUCCUCACGCACUGACACACCCAUAAUGGACAAAGGACAAGCCCCCACUGCUCCCCCCAUGAAUGGAAAGAUUCAUUCUGCCCAGUCAGCUGAGGAAGCCACAGAGGCCACCGAGGUGCCUGAGUCAACAGCCAGCCACACAGGAAUGGGAUCUGGACCUCCAGGACCAUUUACUGAGCACGUCUUCACAGAUCCCCAGCCUCGUCCAGCAGACACCUCUGACAGGCACACAGGUCAGUCCAAAGAGGAAACAUGUCAACCUCCAGAGUCAGAGGACGGAGGUGAAGAGGCCAAGAACUACACCAGUGUGGCCCCCACCAUGUGGCUGGGAGCCCAGAACGGCUGGCUCUACGUCCACUCGGCUGUUGGAAACUGGAAAAAGUGUCUCCACUCCAUCAAACUUAAAGACUCGGUGCUCAGUCUGGUGCAUGUGAAAGGUCGUGUGCUGGUUGCCCUUGCUGAUGGGACCCUUGCCAUUUUUCAUAGAUCAGAGGAUGGCCAGUGGGAUUUGUCCAACUACCACCUAAUGGACCUCGGCCGGCCUCAUCACUCCAUUCGCUGCAUGGCUGUGGUCCAUGAUAAGGUCUGGUGCGGCUACAAGAACAAGAUUCACGUCAUUCAGCCCAAGAGCAUGCAGAUCGAGAAGUCCUUUGAUGCCCACCCUCGCAGGGAGAGCCAGGUGCGGCAGCUCGCGUGGAUCGGUGAUGGUGUGUGGGUGUCGAUCCGGCUAGACUCAACCUUGCGUCUCUACCACGCUCACACACACCAGCACCUCCAAGAUGUGGACAUUGAGCCAUAUGUCAGCAAGAUGCUGGGUACCGGCAAGCUGGGCUUCUCUUUUGUGCGAAUCACCGCACUUCUGAUCGGUGGAAAUCGUCUUUGGGUAGGAACUGGAAAUGGUGUGAUCAUCUCCAUCCCACUGACAGAGACGGUGGUCCUUCACCGGGGACAGCUCCUGGGUUUGAGGGCUAACAAGGUGUCUCCAACAUCCUCCGGUGGAGUGAUCCACGUAUACGGUGACGACGGCUCUGAAAAGAGUAGCGGCAGCUUCAUCCCCUACUGCUCCAUGGCGCAGGCCCAGCUCUGUUUCCAUGGACACCGUGAUGCCGUCAAGUUCUUUGUCUCUGUACCCGGCAAUGUUCUGGCCACCCUAAACGGUAGUGUGCUGGACAGUCCAUCAGAGGGACAAGAGUCCACAGCACCCCCAGAUACGGAGGCCCAGAGUGUUCAGAACGUGUUGGUGCUGAGCGGAGGAGAGGGCUACAUCGACUUCCGUAUAGGGGACGGAGAGGACGAUGAAACAGAGGAGGGAGAGAACGGUGGGGCUUCACAAAUGAAGCCUGCUUUGUGUAAAGCUGAGCGGAGCCACAUCAUCGUCUGGCAGGUGUCUUACAUACCUGAGUGACACCUGGAUCUGCUUUAACGCACCACUCGCCUCAUUAAAGCCCCCAGGCCUUGUAAUUACCCCUGGUCAUGUAAAAGUUUUGCCUUGGCUCUAAAACGACCCUCAAAGCCGUGUAUUGUUCCUUGUAACUAUUCUAUCCAACCCCCGCCCCGUCACCUUGUAACUUUAAUGCCUUGUAAGUACCUCCUCUGAUCUAGUAAUCUGCCUGUCAUGCUGUUUGUCCCACCCAAGGCACUGUAACUAUCUUCAUGAGCCUUGUAACCCAGACUCAUAUCUACCUCCCUCCUCUAUAUUGAUCUUAUAUUCACUCUGUAAACACACUGUAUCUCCUCCUAUAUUUACCUCAACUGUCCUGCAUCUGCCCCAGAGUUACUGCUGCUCUUCCUUCAUUUAGUUUCUCACCUAUGGACCUUCCAGUUCAUCUUAAAGCAAAGAGCAGAGCACCAAUAUGCCACAGCUGUACCAAAACAUGAAUGACAACAGUGACUUGCAUUUCAACAAGAUAUCAGGUCUGAUUAAUGCAGCAAUCCAUUACCGUGUUUGGCAUGAGAUGACCCUUGAUUGUUCAAUAGUCUUUGACAGCAUUCAGAAAACUUGUUUCAGCUUUAAGGUUGUUGCAGAUGGUUUUUAGAGGGUAAGUGAAGAUCAGUAAACAUGAGACAAACAAAGCCAAAUUCAUGUUAAAGGGUUCUUUUGGCCAGUACCUAAAAUACUUUGCAUCCCAUCUUACCUCUAUUUUGAAACAUCCCGAUUUAAGAACAUGUUACAUCAAAUGAAAAUAGGUCCCCAUUCCCCCUCCCCACAGCAGCCCAGUGUAAAUCAGAGGACUCAGUUCAGUGAGGUCUGACCAAGGGGUUGAAUUUAACACGUCGACAGUUCAGUCUAAAACUCAUUUCUAUCAUCUGACGGGUUGGUGCGAAGCAGGUGAACGGCGGCACUGUCAUUAUGUGUACAGGGAUUAUUGUAAAUGUCCAGACACACUGAAGCUGAUCCUCUUUGUUCAGUAUGGAAAUUCAUGCAUUGAUCUCUGUGUGGAUUAAAUAUUAAACGUGUGCUGAAUAAAAUGCAUGUGCAUCUCUCUUUACACUAAGCAAUGUUUAUAAAAGGAUGGCAAGAUCAGAUUUAACAUUUCCCACAGAAUCCACAGCAUUUUAGAAAAGCCUCAAGGUGACCAAAUCUUUUUACAAAACAAUACAUAAACAAAUUUCUUUCAGCACAAAUUCACUUAGAAACUGAGCCUGGCAACUUAAAUAAAACCACCGGAAACCAGGAAAUAAAACCAGGAAUGCAUUAAACAUAUUUUAAAACUUCUACCCAUAAUUAGGUUCAAGUAGUUUCAAGCGAUACGAAGAAUUGGAAUUUAAAAGACGUACAGGGAACUGAAAAUCAAAAGUGGAAUAAGGCAAUAACUGUGUUGGUUAAUUGCUCUUUAUUGCUCCCCUUCUACAGAGGAAAUGUAGAUUUGGCAAAUUUUUCACCUUGAAAUUAAUGGCACUUAUUCCAAGUGACAGUGCAAGUGUCAGUUUUCAGACAAAAAAUAAAGCUGGCAACUAAUUUAGCUGUUUGACUGAUCAAAUACUUUGCACUGUGUUAAGUGGGGCGGCUGUGGCUCAGGAGGUAGAGCAGGUCGUUUCCUAACCGGAGGAUUAGCAGUUCGAUUCCCGUC